UACAACUUGGAUAUUGUACAGUGCAGAACAUACAGAAGUUGUAAGCCUAUGAUAGCUGCUUUAAUUAUUUUUGCACAUCAGAUGAGUAGGAUUUGAGUAAUCUUUAUCACACUAUCAUUUGGAAAGUUGAGUUGGCUUUUCUCCAACACACCAUCAGUUUAUACUGAUGAUUGUGGAAAAAAUAAGAAAAAGUUUUUUUUUCUUUGGAGUAUUUCUUAAAAAAACACCCUUUAUGGAAGAUCUGCGCUAUGGAGCUAUGGUAAACAGGAUAUCAGCCAGCACCAUGGUUUGAAGAUUAGAUUCACAGAAAAAUGGACAAGACUGAAGAAAUUCAUACUCCUGAAAAUGAAAAUGCACAUAAAACAUAUAAACCUGUAGAGCGGAUAUGGACAGCUCGUCUUGUGAUUUCAUCUUUUUUUGGAGCUCUUGGGUCUUCUUAUUUGUAUGGCUACAAUUUGUCAGUAGUCAAUGCACCAUCCUCAUAUGUUAAAGCCUUUUACAACCAAACCUGGAUUGAAAGAUAUGACCAUCCCAUUGAAGCAGGAUCUCUGACUAUUCUGUGGUCAGUAACAGUCUCCAUUUUUGCCGUUGGAGGUCUUUUUGGUGCUGUGGGAGUCCACCUGCUUGUAAAAUAUGUGGGAAGGAAGGGCACCUUGCUGCUCAACAAUGCAUUUGCUGUUAUUGCUUCACUUUUGUUAGCUCUUGGAGAGCUAGCAGGAUCCUUUGAAAUGCUUAUUUUGGGUCGAUUUAUCAUUGGAAUUGAUUCAGGCAUUGCCCUCAGUGCUCUUCCCAUGUAUUUAGGUGAGAUCUCACCCAAGCAAAUCCGGGGCUCCAUUGGACAGUUCAACUCCAUCUUUAUUUGUGUUGGGGUGUUUACAGGCCAGGUUCUAGGUCUACCUGAAUUACUGGGGCAGGAGUCCCACUGGAAUUUCCUUUUUGGAUUCAUUAUGCUUCCUGCUUUGGUUCAGCUCUUUGUACUGCCUUUUCUUCCCGAGAGCCCUCGGUACCUGCUUAUGGAGAAGCAAGAUUCUAUUGGAGCAAAGAAAGCAUUUCAGGCUUUUCUUGGGAAAGAUGAUGUUUCAGAGGAAAUGGAUGAAGUCCAUGCUGAGCUAAGAGCCCAGAACACUCUUCAGCUAAUCUCCAUCAUGGGACUGUUCCGUGAUCGUUCUGUUCGAUGGCAGAUCAUCACAGUUAUUGUUACUAUGGCUUGCUACCAACUAUGUGGAUUAAAUGCUAUAUGGUUCUACACAAACAGCAUCCUCAAAGAAGCAGGCUUUGCUAAUGAAUUGAUUCCUUACAUUACCUUGAGCACUGGAGGUAUUGAGACCUUGGCUGCUGUUUUAUCUGGCCUUGUUAUAGAACGAGUUGGUAGAAGACAACUUCUCAUUGCUGGCUUUGGUGCUAUGACUGUGUGCUAUGGAGUACUAACAAUUUUUCUUAACUUCCAGAGCACAGUAAGCUGGAUGCCCUAUCUGAGUUUUACAAGCAUCUUGGCUGUAAUUGCAUCAUUUUGUAUUGGUCCAGGUGGAAUUCCCUUCAUUCUCACUGGAGAGCUCUUUGAACAAUCCUAUCGACCUGCUGCUUUUAUGAUUGCUGGAACUGUGAACUGGCUCUCGAACUUCGCAGUAGGACUCUUUUUCCCUUUUAUUCAGGAAGCCUUUGGCAACUAUUGUUUUUUGGCUUUUGCCAUCAUCUGCCUGGGUGGAGCAAUUUAUCUCUACAUCAUCCUACCUGAAACAAAGAAUAAAACCUUUGUGGAAAUCAGUCAGUGCUUCUCCAAGAUCAACAAAGUCUCAUUUUGCUCACCUGCAGAGGAGGAAAUGCAAUGUAUCCCCGCAGUAAAAAUGAUGGAAAAGGAGGAACAGACUGGGACUCUGAAUGAAGAUGGCAAGAAUGGAAUUGAAACUGAAAGCUCCUUUUGAUAGAUUACCUAAUUGAAAAGGCCUACAGUAUUUUAAAUUGAUUAUUUCAUGUUACACGAACAAUCCGCUCUUAAUGUUUGGAAAUGACUGUAAGAAGACUCUUAUAAACAAUAAACUUGUGAAGAACAA